UCACAGACCGCGCACCUCUCUUCGCCACACUUCAGUCGACCGUCUACCAACAUGGCUGAACCAGAUAUGGACGAGGACCUCUUCGCUGAUCUCUACGAUGGCGACGACAACGAAGAACCUGCGCGCGAACCUGCGGCGACCACGACCGAGCCUGAAAUCGACACCGCCGAAGAUCCAUCUCCAGUCAUCGCAGUCGGCAGUGCCGGCGGCGCUGCUGCCCAGGAGGAGGACACACAGGCGAACCAGGAGCACACAGAAGAGCACAAUGACAUGCAAGGCAUGCAUCAACAGCAGAACAGCAACGACUUCGGUAUAUCAUAUGGUCAGCCGCGCGAGGAGCGGCCAAUUGGCACCAAGGAAGAUGGGUACGUACUCCCCUUUGACGCGCGACGUGUGUGGGUUGUGUGAGUGAGUAUGUGCAAUGUGAUAUGUGACACGUGAAAUCACGGCAAUGGCAGCAGCAGCAGCAGAAGCAGCCGUGCUUGCGAUAACAACGGCACGACGAGCGUCAUAUCCUGCCCAACGUCCGACUCGAACGAGCCAUGUCAACAUGCCGACGGCCCAACCACGCGGUCUCGAUUCUGGGAAUUACAAGCGAGAAUAUCAAUAUGCUCAAUUAUGGUGCAACGACACAACCAUACAACGAUUGCUGCGCGGUCAUGGCGCAUACUCUGU